AUGAGCUGCUAACACCGCCUGUCUCUUAAAGAAAACUGUAUAACACAAGACAGCUUCUGAACGCGUUGCACAGUCCGACACAUAACUCGAGACUUCCUCCGCAUUACAGAAAGCGAAAAACAAACCGCUGCUUCGUUUUUGAGGGGCUUUAACAAUUUAUUUGGAAACUUCCAAAACAGUUUGUCGUGUGUUUAUGGUAUACGCGAUAAUCCAUCGUGGAGCACAUUCAUAACAGCAAUUUUGAGGUUGCAAAAGCGGAAGAAUGGAACAAAGCGAGAGGAAAGUGAACCCCUCUUGCCUGGAAAGACAUUAUUUGGCUCUGACUGUGGACGAUGUUUACGACGUUGCCAAGCUGAUCGGGGUGGAGGUGGAAAAAUUAAUCGACGGCUACGGCAAGGAGAGCGCUGAGGGUCUGGUGCCCAAAAUAGUGAAAGUUUUGGAGCUGCUGGAGAGAUUCGCCGCCAGGAACAACACCCCCGAACAGGAGCUGAUUCGAGCCUUCGAGACGCUGCAAGUUCAGCAGCAGAGGAAAAAAACGACGAAGGAAGCCGAGGACAGAGCCUGGAGAAGCGAAAUCAGGGACCUGGAGUUGAAGGAGCAGAAAUGGCGUAAGAAAGCAGAGGAUAUGGAGGGUCAGGUGACCCAGCUCAGAGAGCAGAACCAGCGGCUCCUGAGCCAGCUCACCUGCAACCACUCCCAGGAAGACAGCACCCUGAGGAAGGAGCGCGAGGUCAUGGUGAAGCUGAAGGAGGUGGUCGAUAAACAGAGGGACGAGAUUCGAGCUCAGGGCCAGGAGAUCUCCAGCAGGACCAGGGAGGUGGAAGCGCUGCAGGAGCAGCUGGAGCGUUUCAUGAAGAUGAACGGGGAUCUGCGGCACAAGCAGUCCGUCGCCCAGGCGCAGGUGAAGAGCGCAGUGGAGAGGAAGGCUGACCUGGAGGCCAACCUCAAGGAGAGGCAGAAGGAGAUCGAGAGGCUGAGCACCAGCCUGAGGGAGCUGCAGCAGAAGGGAGCUCAGGUGGUUCUGAAGAAUACGGAGAUUGACCUCACUAAUAAAAUGGUGAUCGACCUGAAGGACCCCAACCGACCCUGCUUCACCAAACAGGAAGUGAAGCAGAUCCUGGUGGAGAGGAAUGAACUCAAAGCCAACCUCUUCCUGGUGCAGGAGGAGCUGUGCUACUACCAGAGGGAGAUCCUGAACGAUGAACGCUGUCCUGGCUUCCUCAUGGAGGCGGUUGGCGCUGCCAUCAAUAAGCAGAGGAGGAAGAUCAAAGCCAAGAUGCUGGGCAUCCCGGAGGGAGAGUGCAGCAGUGACGAGGAGGAGCGAGGAUCCUUCCUCUCUGGGAGGGAGACUGGGACGGACUGUACUGACGGCAAGCCUGCAGAAUCCCGGAUCAGAAACCUGUUUGGAAUCCUAUCCCGACACGGAAGUGGGAAGAGAUCUCCUGAGCCGAAGCAGCCCACGGGAUCAUGGGAAAUCAUAGGAGCAGAAGAAGCAACUCAGUCUCUGAACACAGAAGCCAGCUCACCCAAAUGAGGAAUUCUACUGUACAUGUGUAUAUAAUGUUUAUAGAUGUAUAUUAUUCAGAGUUUUAAAAAAAAGUGUAUAUUUUUCUGUCCACUAGGUCUUUUAUAACCAAAAAAAAAUUGUGGGAUCACUUAGCUCUCAUUGGAGUGGCAUGCAGUGAAAGCACUAUAAAGGGGAGGGAAUGUGUGUGUGUGUGUGUGUGUUUUUUUUUUUUUUUUUAUCACUUGCUUGGUUAAGAUCCUGCCUUGAAUUUGAUGCAGUUAAUUGUCAUGAUCCCCAGUUUAGAGGUCAAAUAGUUGAUCUGUACUGUGUUGAAUUUCCCCAUUACUUUUUUUCUAACUGUAAAUAUGUAGAAAUGUAUGAAUAAUGUUAGGCUAAAAAGAAUACAUGUAUAUAUAUAUACAUAGAGUUUGUAAAAUCAGUCCACUAUCACACACCUGUUAAAAACGAAUUGAGUAAGAAUCAGUAUUACCUUUUCUCCACAAGGAGGCAGUGUGCUGCAGUUGUUGGAACAUGCUGUUGGUUUUCUGUUUACUGUACAGUACAGUACAGUGGGCUCCAAAAAUGCUAAUGGGAAUGUGUGCACCGGGAAUGAAAUUGUUAGUCAAGAAUGGGAUGGAACAGAGAUCACAGUUUGAAGCCACACAUGAGAACUUUAAAAACACAGAGAGAAAACGUGCGUCUCCAUAACAGCAGCCGUGAGAAUAUAAUACGACAGCGUGGCCAUUUCUUGUGUUUAAUACAGCUGUACAGCUGGUUUCACAGUGCCUUGAUUAGCACUGAAUUACGUAAUCCAAGAUAAAUGCUAAUCAGGGUCUGUGAAUUUGGAUCACAUCCAGUAGAACUACUGUGAUGAACAGUAAUGUGUUGUAUUGGGCAGUUCUGUGUUUUCUAUUGUAAAAACCUCAAUAAAAUAAAAUAAAUUAAAAUGCAUGUUUGCAUUAAUUACA